AUACAAGAGAUGGCGCUGCAAUGCACUUUUCUAAAUAAAUAUUAAAAUGCAACGUGCUUAUUUGCAUCUAUAGUUGAUCGCAUGUUGUGGACAAUUAUUUUCAUGUUAUCACAAAGGUUUUUAUAUUAUCAAACUUUUAUACUCUAAAACAAAAGUGUAAAGAAGUGUAAAGAAGUGGUGUAAAUAUUUUCUUAAUAAAUAUAAUUUUGAGGUUACAAGCAGCAAAUCAACAAAUUUUGUUUAAAAUGAAGCCUUGUACAGCUAAAUGUGGAAGAAGUGCAAUAUUAAAGAGGCCGAAAACUGGUGACACUCUCUGUAAGGAAUGUUUUUUUCAAGCAUUUGAAAAUGAAAUCCACUUUACAAUUACUCGAUCAAAUAUGUUUACACCUGGAAGCACUGUUGCAAUUGCCGCCUCAGGAGGAAAAGAUUCUACAGUGUUAGCUUAUGUACUAAAAAAACUCAAUACCAAGUACAAUUAUAAAUUAAAUCUUGUUUUAUUAUCAAUUGAUGAAGGUAUAACUGGAUACAGAGAUGACAGUCUUGAGACUGUCAAACAAAACAGAGAUGACUAUGAAAUGCCUUUAAAAAUAUUAUCAUAUAAAGAUUUGUAUGGUUGGACAAUGGAUGAAAUAGUAGCAGCUGUUGGUAAGAAGAACAAUUGCACAUUCUGUGGUGUUUUUAGAAGGCAAGCAUUAGACAGAGGUGCAAUUCAAUUAGCUGUUAAUUACUUGGCAACUGGUCAUAAUGCUGAUGAUAUUGCUGAGACUGUCCUGAUGAAUAUAUUGCGCGGCGAUUUGGCCCGAUUGAAGAGGUGUACAUCCAUAAUAACUGAUAGUGGUGAUGGAAUCCCAAGAGUUAAACCACUUAAAUACACAUAUGAAAAAGAAAUAGUAAUGUAUGCCUACUUUCAAAAGUUGGUUUAUUUUUCUACUGAGUGUAUUUUUGCACCGAAUGCGUACAGAGGACAUGCAAGGGUUUUAUUAAAAGAUUUAGAGAAGAUGGAUCCAGCUGUUAUUAUGAAUAUUAUACAAUCAGGUGAAUCCUUAAGUGUAGCAGAAACAGCUUCGUUGCCGAAAUUGACUAAAUGCGAACGAUGUGGUUAUGGAUCAUCACAGAACAUUUGCAAAGCUUGUGUAUUAUUGGAAGGUUUGAAUCGUGGUCUUCCAAGAUUAGGAAUUGGUAAGUCCAGUCGUGCUAAGAAGAUGCUUGAAGCUAACGUUGGAGUUAAAGUAGAUGGGGAUACAGUUAAUUCUGCAAAUACAUGUGAUACUAGACAAUGCUGUUCAAAAAAUGGCAGUUGCCAAAAUAAAUAAAAAUAUUUAAUUCUUUAUUAAUCUUAAUAAAGAUGAUUAAGAUUACAAUAA